UGUCGAUUAUAACAGAAGUUUUACUUUACCUAACUUCAUAACUUCUUUUGUUUUGCAGUUAACAAAAUAUCCUUUAAAAAAAACAAUAUACAAAUUGGAAAAUCCAGCUAUGUCAGCAUUCAGCAGAAAAACAUUCUGCAAUGGUGUUAUUCAAAUGGUUCUCUCAACUUCGAUAAGAUCACAAUGGGAAAACACUCUGUCGCCUUUGUGAUGAAUCCUCAACCGGUGUAUCACGUUGGAGACACGCUCUUCAUCAAGAUUGUAGCCAGAGAUGCAAAACACAGGCCUAAGUUUUACGGAGGGGAUUUUUUUCGGGCCAAGCUGUUCAGCAGAGUCCCUGUAAAUGCUAGCACUGCUGGACGGAUCACAGACUACGAGAAUGGGACUUAUGUCGCAAGAUUCUUUCUUAGUUGGCCAGGAAGUCUCUCCGUUUCAGUCCAAAUCAUCCAUCCAAGUGAGGCUGUGCAGGUUUUCAAAAGGUCCAAAACAGGCAGGCGGAUCGUGGUUUGCGGCUUUUCUCAUGAAAGCAGGAACGUGACUGAGUGGAUGCCUUGCUAAAACAAUGCCAACAAAAGCAUUAAUCCACGUGACGUGUGCGACUUUUCUAAGCCAUUCAUCAAUGUAACUUUCUACUGCCAACGUCCAGAACUGAGUCGCUGUGACAGUAUUGCGGAUUGCCAACGAGACCGGGAUAAGAUAGUGUCGCUGCAUAACAUGUUAACUAAUGUUGACGAACGGAAUAUGCUUCUAAGAGAACUCGAUAUUGAGGAUCUGUUGUCGAGCAUCGAAGGAAUCCAAGUCAGGGGCAGACGUAUUUUCAACAGAAUUGGAGAAAAACCACAGCAACUCUGCGCUCCAGGACUGCCAGAAACAUCGUCUGAAGGGUACUGGUUUAACGGAACGUGGUAUUCACUUAAAUGUCAAUCACGAAAGUUUCCCUCAGUUCGAUCUGUGUUCGGAUGCCUGCGGAAUAAAUCAGUGCUCUUUUUUGGUGAUUCAACGAUUGCACAAUGGUGGACAUUUCUAAAGAAUCUUCCUGAAUUACCACAUACCGGCUCAGUUAAAUAUCACGCAGCUGCAGUAUACGGCGAAUAUAAUACAACAUUAGAAUGUACAUUUCACCAUUUUCCAAGAAACGCAGUUAAUCACAAACAAAAAUUUCUAUUUAAGACUUUUCACUAUUUAGCAGAAGAAAUAGACCGAAUUAAGGGAGGGCCUAAUGUUGUGCUAGUUUUAGGGCUAUGGGGUCACUAUACUGCGGAGCCAAUUGAAACAUUUCGUUCACGACUUUACGGAAUUCGCUUCGCCAUAGAGCGACUUCAUAGUCGUUAUCCAGACACAAAGGUCAUUUGGCGAACAAGUAACACCCGCGAACAUCAUCGGUUGUUCCAUUACAUAGAAAACAGUGAUUGGUAUGCUUAUCAGUUGUUGCUGGAAGCCAAAUUUUUAAAGGUCUUAAUAUCGCAAUCAUAGAUGUCUGGAAAUGACGUCCUGUAUGUGGCAUGAUCCUAUUAUGCAUGUACCCGAGGACGCUGUAAGAAACAUGGUAGAUUUGCUAUUGUCAUACAUCUGUCCCUUGUAAUCAAGACAGGGCGAAGUACCCAAAAUGCGGGUUGAAAUUCCUACAUCUACGAAUUAGUUACAUCAGGUAACAUUUGCAUGGAGACAGUUGAUGAUGCUAAACCAUCAUAUCUAGGUUUUGGUAGCGUUCGAUUAUAUGACAAUUAUGCAAAUUUGAUUUACUCUGUAUGGUUAACAAGUUAAAUUCCGUAAAUCCGCUAUGUUACAUGAUAGGGAUAUUAGGAACGGUGUCAGAUACUGAGUAUGUAAAAGGAGGCAUAAACAGCAUAAAUAAUAAGAAAAUAUAAUAACCCCAUGGCAGUAAUUUUUGGGAUUUUGUCAUUACGUGCAACGUUUGGAAGUUGUAAAGGUGAAUAUGAUUAUGCAUAUCUUAUUUUCGAGAGCUUUUGUAUAUGGUGAGCCACAAGUGGAACUUUCUGGUAUUAUCAUUAUAACUGUUACAGGUUUUUCUGACCUCCUCCCAUCUGUGAUUUCUAAACAAUCUAAGCUACUUUGUACAUACUGUAUGUAAUGUAAUUUGGUGCAAUGUGCUCGCUUGUAAGUUAAAGACUGACACGAGGGGAAUUUUUAUAUUGAUAAAUGUUACAAUUGUUGUGUUCCUAUAUAACGUAACACUUUGUACAACAAUCUCCUAGCUUUACUCGUGUUUCCAUACUCACGAUACAGUAACGUGUAUAGUAAGGAAAACCAAUACUGGUCAUGCAAACUACUCAACCAUAUAAUUUUACUCCUCGAAAAUUCAUUAAAAUAUUGACGUACCUGCUUGCUGCACACUGCCAAAAAUUUGCUUAGAUCAUGGAACUAGUGGCCUUGUGCUGUAACUCCAUACCUAAAUGUUCAAAAAUUAUGUAACGUUUUCUGAAAGGGCACUAAUCACUGCAAUUAUCUUUCUCCGUUAUUGUUAAUGUUACAUGUAGAAAACAAAGUUGAGCUUUUAAGGAUGGGUCAUUCUUUGCACGGCCAGUACCAAGCACUGCAGCAAAAGAAAAAAAAAAAGUCACCUUCCAAAUUUAUCAGC